AUGUCUACUUCCGUGAGGUGUGCUGAGCUUGAGGGGCCAAGGGGAGAGAAUAUCAAGGUGCAAGCUCAAGUUGGCUUAGCUAGGUUGGACUUUGUGGUGGGCGACCCUGCUAGCAUCCGCUCUGGGCUAGCUCGGCUCGCCGAAGUGUUGCGAGACCACCCCUACAGCCAACACAUCGAGGAGGUGAUCUACUUCCUAGCAAUACCAGCUGCGUUCCCGCAAACAGAGCAAUCCACCGCAACUGCAAUGAGGGCUCUGGAAUACCUCGACUACCUUCGAGAUAGCUAUACCCCAUCAAGGGAGGGCGCGCCCACGGCGAUGAUGUAUCCUAGAUGGGACACUCCUGAGCAAGAAGUUUGCGAUAGCGAGCGGGACGGUAUGGUACCAGGGGAUGCUGAGCGCUGGCAAGGCAGAGAACUCCAGGUGCAUGGGUUGCCUGCAUGGGCCCUACAGUUCCAGAUGGGCUUGUUGGCCUCCCGAUUGGGGGACUCUACUCGGGGAAUGGAGACUAUGGAGAACGCAUUCACAAGCUAUGAGGCAUGGCUGCCCAGGUGCGACCGAUACACUGCCGACAUGGGUUCAUCGUCCUUAAGAAUUUCGUUGUGCGCUUGGUCUCGAGUGCAGUUCAACGACGGCACUCCCGAUGUCGACGCCGUCCGAAGAUCGUGGUACCACGGGUUGCCACAUUGGACUGCCUGGGUUCAACACCCAAGCGCGGUCCGUUCCUCUCGUCAUCUUGCGCAGGAGUCUAUCGCUUUCCGCAUCGCCAAGUGCUGCAGCCGCUGCGGCGACUUAGCUGGUGCAAUCAGCGGUAUCGAGGAGCUGCUUUACACCCGCAAUUUCUGGAGCGAGAGAUACAGAGCAUGCGCUAGGGCAGUGAUAGCUAGGUCCGCGAGGGACUUCCAAGAAGCCAUCGUGCUGGCACAUGCAUCCAAGCUUAUACGGAGCUUCCAGGCGUUGCUACGGGGCACCAAGGCUCGAGCAGUUGUCCGGUUCAUUCUGGCUGCACGCCAAUCGCGAGGUGAUCAGGUGUAUGGGACAGAUCUUCUGGAACAGUUGGUGGAGAACAUGCACGACAAGUGCCUCGCAAGACGCGUCCUACGGAGGUUGUCGAAGCAAGUCACGGUCGGCAGACGAGAGAGAGCGGCAACAACGGUUCAGGCCAUGGCCCGCGGUGUCGUGGGGCGCGAGAUUGCGUGUGACGAGAGAAAUCGCCGGGCUCGGAUUAACGAGCUUCUCCUGAACGCUUUGAGGAGACUAGGGACACCCGUCUUUCGAGAGUGGUACAAAGCCGCUCAUAACCUUCGGAGGGCGCGAAUGUCGAUCAAGGUCCAGUCCCGCUGGAGAACGUUUCGAGCAAUGCGUGCAUUGACUUUGACCAAGACAAAGGUUUCGCGAGCUCACGAGAUGGGGAUUUUGGCAAUCGGUCGCAACCAGCUGGCGGACAAACGCGGCGUCGUGGAAACUUGGAAACACAUUGUCCUCGAGAGGAAGGUAGUCGCCGUGCAGGGCAUGGCGAGGAUAUGGCUAGCGAAGCGGGUGAUGUCUAGACGGCGUGUGCGGCAGGAGGAGCUGCGAAGACUGUUCAUGCGCGUGACGAAGCCUAUCCGCCGCCAAUGCUUCGUAGCCUUGGCGCGCAACAGGACCACUUGCCGCAAGAAUAAGAAGGCGAUGGUGUUGGUUAUUCAGUGUUGGUGGAGGUGCCGCCAUGCCAUCGGCACAACCCGUCGAGCUCGCGAGCACCGAAACGCCAUCCACAGUGCCUACGACACGGUGGUCACGAAUCAUGAAAGGCGGUUGCUGAUUCGCUGCUGCCGGGAGUGGAGAGAGAAUAUCCCGAAACAGAAGGCGGCAACGAAGAUGCAAGCGGCGUGGAGAGGCUGGGAGGGGCGGUUGAGGGCGGCUUGGUUUAAGGACAGAGAAGUUCGUUUUGAAGAAUUCGCGCAAGUCCUGCGGGCAGUAUCUCGACAGGUAGACCGCAAGGUGGCGUUCAAGGAGUGGAGAACGUUGGCAUGGUUGGGCCGGAUGACGACGAAGCUUGCGGCGCGCUACCGAGGCAUUCGGGCAAGGACGGCAUUUGCGGCGAAGAUGUCCACGCUUAGACGACAACAGGCGGAGGCUAACAGCAACCAAGUCUUUCACCCGGGAAACGACCGAGAUGUUCAUCCUGGGUGGCAUCCGGAACCUUGUUCAGCUGCACGCCACGUGUUGCACCAGCCAGGCCGCCUGGAGGGGGGUUCUUGCUCGCAAACGGUGCCAGCGGGGGUCGUAGAGGCCGCGCCCGAGCCUGUUCAGUCAAGGCCCAUCAGCAGUGGAGAGACGAUCUGGUCGUGA